AAAAUGUACCUUUUGUUUUAAAAACCCCAAUUAUUUUUGAACACUCAAUUUAAAAAGUUUCGAUCGAUUUUUCUAAAUAUCAUAGUAUUUGAUAAAUCAUUUGUAUAUAGGCAUUAGGCUAGUAAAGACUGCAAAGAAUAAUCGAAACCUUUCCCGCAGGAGUAGGGAAUCUAAUUGGAACAGCCAAUGAAAAUACCUUGAUCGACAUUUCAAUGGGCCUCCAGCGGCUUGCGUAGGUAUCGGUAUAUUGGACAUUGUUUGAAGUCAACGGACGGCAAUUAACCUGUAAUCAGUGCCAUGCGGAAGUAGGUGACAGUAGGAAGUGUAACCAGUUUGUGAUUGACUGUGAAUGGAACAGAGAUGCCUUCAGGUCAUUCUGACCAGGACAGCUACAUAAUACAACAGUCGCCAUAUCGCUCCUCUGCUGACCAGUCCUACAAUGCUAACGAAUCUGCGGCCAGCAUUCUGAAGACAGUCAAGGCACAGGAAGCCCAAUUUGAAAGAUUAACGAAAAAGUUAGAAGAGGAACGAGAGAUAUUGGCACGCCAGCACGACCAGGCGUGAGUUGGAGGAUCGGGGUGCUAUGAACUUAGGUGAAGACAACAUGGAUUACCUUCAAGAUGACCCCUACAGUUCUCACGGACGCAUUCCAUACAACAGUGAACCCUACAACCAGAGUUAUUCCCCUGGAGCCCUUAAUGGGGGCAACCCCCAGUACCUGACUGAUAGCAGGUCCCCCCACUCAUCUCAUCUCUCAUUGCAAAGCUCAGGCAGCAACCGUCAACUUAGAUCGGGCAUGAAAGGCCCAGGAAUGCAAGGAUCCAUGUCAUCGUUACCACGGGAACAGCCCAACGACAACUACAUGUCCUACUCGGCGAUGUCCCCUGGACAGGACCCUCCCAGCCCCUCAAGGUUCAACAACUACGGUGGCGAAGCUGAUCAUUAUGGUGAUCAGUCGCCCCGCUACAGUCUAGCAUCUAACGACAGCUUACAGAGGCCACAGUACGACCCCUAUAGUCACCAUGAUCAUAGGGACAUGGGACCUCCAGGAGGUAGGGGGAGCUACAAUCAGCCUCCACCUGAAGACAUCAACCCAUACAACCAUCACCCAAUCAGCAGAGAUCCCUAUGGGGACCAGCCGAACUAUGAUGACUCGCGAGUGGGGGACUCAUUUUACAGAGACUCACCACAGGGUGACAGACCAGAUAUGUCCCGAGGGGGACCCAUGAUUGAUCCCCCUAGUCGGAGUGACUCGUAUCGUAAUCCCGGAGACCCUUACGGGGACCAGCCCCCGCUGUAUGAGACCGGGGCUUAUACUGGAGCUCCGCCACAAAUGGAUGACCGCUACAAAGAAAAUUCAUUUGAGGAUGACCGUUACAGGGGCCCACCAGGUGACAAUUACGCUCCCGAGAGUGGUUAUAGGGAAUCCCCUGUCCCAGGGAAUCAGUACCUACCCCCAGAUGAUAGAUUUAGAGACAUGUCACUAGAUGACCCCCACGGGGCCCCGCCCCCUAUGGAGGACAGGUACAGGGACCCGCCCCCUAAUGACAGGUACGAAGGUGAGCCCACAUUUGGUAAUUACGAUGAUUACCCAUAUAGCCCAAGCAAACAUGACGGCUUACCUGAUGUUCCACAAGACCCGUUCGCUGAUGAUCCAUUCCAACAGAAGGCCGCAAUAGCAGCAGCAGAGGAGCGCUACCGUGCGUCACAGGGAGAUCUAAGGUACCGUGACGAGGAUCCCUACAACAGACGAACUCCGUCACCAGGGGCCGGCAGUGAUAGAUACCAAGGACAGUACAACGACCAACCUCCACAGUAUCGUGACGACCGUGUGAAUGAUAGCCGAGAUGGGCCGGCGUAUCAGGAUGACCGUGAUGGGCCUCAGCAACCUUAUUACCAAGACGAUAUGCAGCGUUCGUCAGCCAUGAACCUUAAUGCCCCACCUCCAGAUGACUACCACUCGGACGGCCGUAGAACACCCUCCUUAGAUGGGCAAGGUGGGAACUGGCGUAACCCAGACCUCCAGGAGGUGAUCGACUACCUUAGCCACCCCAGUGAGGCAGUCAAGGCUAACGCUGCCGGCUACCUACAGCAUCUCUGCUUCAAUAAUGAGGACCUCAAAUCCAAAACAAGGGGUCUUGAUGGCAUCCCUCCUCUGGUGGAGCUGUUACGGAGUGAUUACCCCGAGGUCCAGAGGAACGCAUGUGGUGCCCUAAAGAAUCUGUCCUAUGGCAGGUCUAAAGGUGGAUUGGAUACAAAGAAAGCUAUAGAGAAUGCUGGUGGAGUGACCGCCCUGAUUCGGCUGCUGAGGAAGGUACAUGAUGAGGACAUCAAAGAGAUGAUUACAGGGAUUCUAUGGAAUCUCUCUUCAUGUGAGGAGUUGAAAUCAAAGAUUAUUUCGGAAGCUUUGACAGAUAUUGUAAGCAGAAUUAUUGUUCCAUACUCUGGUUGGGAGAAACGUGGGCUACUGCAAACUAACGAGGCCUGGACGACGGUGUUCAGAAAUGCUACAGGCAUAAUAAGGAAUUUAAGUUCAGCGGCUAAAGAAGACGAACAGCGAGGAUACGAAACGCGGAAUCGUUUACGUGAAUGUAGUAAACUGGUGAAUUGUUUAGUGUAUGCUAUAAAAGUGUCGGUGGAAAACCACGACAAAGACAGUAAACCGGUGGAGAAUUGUACGUGUUCCUUACGAAACCUUUCAUUCAGGAUACAGGAAGUGUCCGAACGUGACUUCUACAGAAAGCGAAACAUGACAUUAAAGAAACGAGCCAAGCCAGAAAAAGAAUCAACAGGGUGCUUAGGGAAUAUGGGAAGUAAAAAAUCACAACAGACCAAGGGUAAAGGAAAGCCUGACCUCAACCAAAAUGCGGAAAUGAGACUUCCACCAGGUGCUGCGGAAUUCAAGGCAUUAUGGGAACCGGAGCUGGUACGGUUAUAUCUUAGCAUUUUGAAGGACGGGACCAACCCAGUAACUAUGGAGGCAGCAGCAGGGGCAAUACAAAAUCUUACAGCGUGUUACUGGCAGCCAGCAGAAGACACGCGAGCCACUGUGAGAAAGGAAAAGAGUCUUCCAGACUUAGUUGACCUCCUCACCCAUGAAAGGGAUAGUGUCGUGUGUCACGUAGCUCUGGCUCUCCGGAACCUCGCCAUCGACGAGAGAAACAAAGAGUUAAUAGGAAAAUACGCUAUGAAACAGUUAGUGAGUCGACUUCCAAUGGAGAGACAGAUCGAGUUAGUCCCAGACCGGACAAUAUCAGCCGUGGUCGCAACUUUACAUGAAGUCACGAAAAACAAUCAAGAUUUCGCACAAUCUUUGGCUAAUGAAGGUGGUCUGAGGAGGUUGAAGUUCAUUAAGUUUGCCCAAGGGAAAUACCUAACGAAGACCAAAGAACAUACACACAAGCUGCUGCAAUCUCUGUGGGAGUUCAAGUCCCUCCACUGGGAGUUUAAGGAGCGAGGGCUAGUGGAGGCAGAUGUCAACAGCCCACCUAUGGUGGGGAGGACUGAUGAUAUCGGCUCACCAAUCAGUAACUACAGCACAAUGAGUCGGCCGACAGGUAGUCAAGGCUACGACGACAAUACAAUAUCCUCUGGUCGUGUACAGAACAAGGACCCCUACCCAAACAGCUACUCGCCAAAUGGUCGAAUGGAUAAUAGUUAUCCAGGAUCAAACGGAUCUAACGUCAUGGGACAUAGCAAUCCAGCCAUGCACGAUGACGGACGGUACGACUACGACACAAGAUCACGGGGUGAAGAUAUCCCAAUGACGGAUAUCGGGCCAGGAUACGCUCCACUAGAUGACCAUCUCCCCCGAAACAAGGUUCCUGUGGGAGCUGUUCCACUCUUCCCCGGCCUGGAGAACCAACGACAUGGGAGUCAAAACCAGCUCCAUGCAGAGCCACAGCCCGGUCCCAAUGAACAACUAUAUGCACAGGUGGACAAAAGCAAGAAGCGCAAUCCCAGCCAAAUGGGGGGACAUGCAAGUCCCAACCAUGUGAUGUUGGACAUGUCGUCUCCGGGGAGUCCCCAGGGUGGGGCCGACUCCUGGGUAUGAUCCCCACUGUGGGGGAAGGAGUUUGAAGUGACCUAGUUUUAUACGGGCUGUGACAUGGGAUAGUGGUGCUAUUACACUAACCACACUGGUUGUGUAGAGCUGUAUGGAUAUAUACAAUGUGAAUAGAACAAACUAAAAAGCAAGUUCUGAACAAAGUAUAUAGAAAGUGAAAGUACUUCAGAGAUUGUCAGGCUAGAAUGGUAUGGAAUGGAUUUUUCUCAGAGGACUAACAAACAUGUUAAAGUUCUGAGCAAAGAAUAUGGAAAGUGAAAGUACUCCAGAGUGAAUAUGGCAGAAUAAGGAUAUUCCACAAAGGACCAACAAUGUGUUAAUAUUUAUCACAAUGAAAUGGUACGGAAUGUCCCUUUUGAAGUUUGCUUUCUGUGCGGGCAUUACAGUGAAAACCCUGUCGAAGGUUGUACAUAGGUGGACCCUGUUCCACGGAUGAAGUGUAGGAGAGGUCACAGAGCCUGUCUUGUGCCGAAAUACAGGCCGAGGAAUCUACCGUACUUAAUCCAAGUUGAGGAGUGACUAUAGGUUGUGCGAUAAUUACUCCAGAGUCCCUCAGAGUAGUACUGGUUGUGUUCCACCGAGUAUCUAAGAGUCUCGGGGGCUACAAGACUGCUGAAUAGAGGGCCCCGGGCCCUCAAGUUGAGGAUUUUAACUUAAAACUUUCCUAAAAUCAUGUUAAUCAGUCCUGACUUUUAAAUUUAGAGACUUAUUUUUGAUAAAUAUGGUUACUGGACAGAAGUGCUGUGCUAUUUUUAUCAUCGACAUCCAUUAUAUAAGCGUAUCAUAGACUUAGCGCCAAAUCCAAUGCCCCAUUACUGUAUCUGCGACGAAUCAUGACACAUAUAUCUUAACAUUAUUUUGAAAACAGCCAACACUCUUUUUUGUGUUUAUUUGUCAUGCAUUGUAUUGUGUUGUAGACCUUAGUUCUGUAACAGAAUCUCCGUAAAUUCCCUCUUGACUAAAACAGCUUGCCAUUUAAAAACAGAGACACUCGGACAGAAACGCAAAUGACUUCUCUGUCCCAAUAUGCACCUGACCUAUCGGGUCAAGGUCAAAGGUCAGUAAGGGCAUUUCAUAUGUUCCACUAGAUGUAGUCAAGAGGUGAAAUGGGUUUCAAUCAUUUCCAUGAUAUUAUUGUAUUCACUGGUGAAAGUAUAUACUGCAAUAGACUACUGUAGACUAGACGAUGCCUGUAGCUCCGCAAGACGUUUUACUGUGUCUGUUUAAUAUUAAAUUAUAUUACUGCACUGCUAAUUAUCAUUUUUAACAUUAUUUAAUUAAUCUUGUUGCUAGGAUAGGCUGCAGGUACAUAGUAACUCUGAUUAUUGUCCUCAAUUCCAAACUGAACAAAGUCUCUUGUAUUUGUGUCGUCCUGUGUCGUAGAAAUUCACAAUCGGAGCAAUAACAGUUUAGUACUGUAUUACAUAAUCUAACACUAUGCACGUUACUAUCCAGGAAGGGGUAAAAUUAAAUUAAUAUGACCUCUAUUUCAUAAGAUGCAUAUAUACUUUUAAUUAUUGAAACUUGAUGAUAGCAAAUAUAUAUUUAGGUAAAUUAUGGAAUCCGAAAUUCGAACAUUUUUAUCGAACAGAAGUUAGAGUGCUUGUAAUCUGAUUUCUUAUAUUUUAUUUUUGCAUAAAUUCUGUCCAUCCAUUUUCAUCUAUGUUAUAUUUUAUAUAUUAUGUUGUUCACAUACAUGGAAACAUGUUUGAUUAUGUACAUCAAAUCAUCAUAAAAUGAUUAAAGGGUCACCGGCUUCACUAAUUAUGUUGAAAUGUGAUAAACAAUUUAUAAUUAAUAAUUAACUUGAGACAUUUUUUGAAUAAACCAUUUGUAUGUAUAAUAUUUAUCACUGUUUUCCUAUUGUGAAUCAAGCGCUAAAAUCCAGUGAGUAACAGGACCUAGUCGUCUGAGUUGGUCUCGAGUCUGAAUACAUCUAUGCUCUAACACUAACAUUCGGAUGCUACUAUUAUAGAAAAUAUGACAAACCAAAAUUCUACUUGAUUUUUUUUUUUUUUUUUUUCAAAAUCAAAUUAUACCUAAAAUUAAUUGAAUUCAAUAAAUAUUUGAUUAUAUAAAAUACAAAUUUGUGUGUAUGAAAAAUCACAUCUUUAUAUUUUGGUACUUUGAUCGGUAUUUGAUGUCCUGAUCACACGCAAGGGAGAUAAUUACAGUAUCCCCUCGUGCGAAGUUGGCGAUAUUUCAUACUGUUGUCUAUGAUAUCAUAGAUGAUCAGAUAUAGAACCGAUAAAGCAUGCGCACUUACCACAAGAAACGGAGUCAUUUUAAUUUCAGAAUUUGUUAAAAUCAUUUGUCUGGAUUAUUGUAAAGAAAAUUUUGAUAUCUAUUGGGUAUAUCAAGUGGAUCAUUAAUAUUGUGAUUUAAAAAUAUCCAAUUAUAUAGUUUUUCAAAUUUUUGGGUAUGUAUAAUGAGUAUAAGUUAUAAAACUUUUAAAUCAAGUUGUAUUUACCUAUGUAUGCUGAAGGUGUAAAUUUCUGUGGGGAUUUUAUCGGAAAAGUACUGUUAUUGAAUUUGUUUAUUAUAUUAUUAACAUGAAGCGAAUGUUAACUCAAUAUAUAUAUAUAGAUAUGCAAUGGGGUUGAAAUAUGUAUAAAGCAUUAUUUGCAAACAAAAUUUAACAUAUGAACAUCAACAUUACACAAUAACAUCAUUGGUCUCAAUCAUUCACUAUAUGAAAACUGUAGACUUGCAUAGAAGACACAAUAUGUGGCUAUACCACACGUGGCUUCUCACCACACGUGGCUACCACGCAUGCCUGUUCAUGAUCACCACACGUGGCUACCACACAUGGCUGUUUCCCAAUACGUGGCAGUUUUGAAGUGGUUCACACAUAUAUAUUAUUUUCUUAUCAGGAAUAGGCAGAUCUGGGGGUUUCUUUUCAACUGACUAGUACUGGAAUCAAAUUUGUUUAUUUACAUAUAAAAGAAGAAUUCAUUAACAUAACUACUUACAUACUUAACAUUUUGAAUAUUUUGGAUACAUAUUAAAUAGUUUGGAAUUAGUUUAAAUAUUUUUUUAUUUUUUGAAUAAAGAAGACAUAAAAUAGAUACUUAAAUAGUUUAAUAUUUUGAAUAGUUUAUACGUCAAUAACAGAUAGAAUAUUUAUUUAGAUGGCCUGUACUGUGGUUUGUUAAAAAAAAUAGGACCCAAAAUCAAUGCUUAUAUAUCAAUAAUAUCUUUUAGAAUUAGAAUUUUUCAUUCCAACAUAUUAUUUAUAGUUUAUGUCAUUGAUCAUGUGAGAUAAACAAUGGGCUUCCAAUGGUUUCAUUAUUAAGAACAGUAUUAUAUAUAUGCUGUAUUCAAUCAUAUGACUAGGUUAUAUUUACUUUACCGUUCAGACAGCCGCACCAUUCCAUAAUCAAGUAUAAUCAUGAUGAUGUACGCAUAAAAAUAACAACUUUCUGAUGCUUUACAGUGAAACCAACUCAUGUUGUAGCUUAAAUUCAGAAAAAUUGUCCUUUGAUUUGUAAUUUUAUUGAAAAAAUUCCAAAAAUCAUUUUCUGUUCCUUCGGGAUUCUUGUUUACUGCUAAACACUGUUGUUCCACUUUUGAAAGGAUGAAAAAAGGGAGCACAAUUUGUACGAAAAAUUUUGAAAAAUACUGUGCAUUUAUUUAAUUGCUUACGUUACUUUGAAAAUUUUGGCUUCGAAAAUAUAUUUGUAUGUGCAAAUGAAGCUUUUUCAGUGUAUGUGUUUGUGUAAGUAAAUCUUGAGACAUAAAAUUAAAGGGAAGAUAUAUAUUCUUCAGGUCAAGGCACCUGUUCUAUAUGUUUUAACAUCACCAUUACAUCAGCUGUAACUGACCGAUGGUCAAAGGUGACACAGCGUUAAGUAAGCAUUCCAUUCUCAUACAAUCUUAGUCUUCAAUGCAAGUCUACAACAUUUUUGUACCAAGAAAUAAUCGUGUGAAAAUGGAUAAAUUAAAUUUGUCCUUGAAACAAA